AGAGGUGCCAAGACGGUUCCAGACAUGGAGAGGUCCGUCAGGUUUGCCGUGGUGUGCGUCGGAGUGUCCCUGCUCAUCUCCUGCCCUCCAGUCGAAGCCUGGUAUAAACAGUCGACCGGGCCCAGUUACUACUCGGUGGGUCGCGCCUCCGGUUUGCUGUCCGGUAUCAGGAGGUCGCCAUACGUCCGGAGGGCCGAGUCCGAGGAGACGCAGAUGGAGAGCGGGGAGACGACGGGUAACAACGUGAUCCCCGAGACCAACAGGCAGAUCUCCAUCCUCAAAAACAUGGCCAUCUGCGUAAAGGACGUCUCUCCAAACCUGAAGAGCUGCGAGCUGCUGCGGGACGGGACCGGCACCUUCCAGUGCAAGGCGGACGUCUUCCUCACCCUGGACUCCCUGGACUGUCUGUCCGCGUGAGUCCCCGCGGGUAGACCCGGCGGAGGCAGGGAGACAUGUCAUCCCCAACCUUCCCGGGGGCGCCUAUCUGGAAACCGAAAAAAAAUGCAGGACGAGGGGAAAAAAGAAGGCAUGAGGGAUGGAUGAGUGUGUUGGGGUUGAUGGCGCUGAGGAAAACCUGAUCUUUAUCAAUGAUGGACCGCUGCAGACUCUGAAUGUUCUCUCAUUUAAAAACACAAACAUUGUUCUUUUUUUUGCUUUGGUUACAUGAGUAUAGAAAAAGAUGUUAAUUGAAACCACUUUGUUUCCACACGACUUCCUCUCUUUACUGCCCAACCCCUGACAUGUACCCCCCCUUGCCAAAAUGUAUUAAAUGUCCAGACAGUUGGCUGCAGAGCAGAUUUCUUGGAAAGUACUUUUAUUUAUUUUAUCUAUUAAAAUGGACACUGGUAACUUG